AUGUCCUCCAUUUGCGAGACCGCUUCCACUGAUGGUGAACAUUGCUUCGAGAAAAGCUGUCCUUGUAGGAGCCAGAAAUACGUCCUGUGCCCCUACCACAAGAAGACUUUCCUGUGCAACAGGCAUCGAUACACAGGAUGUUCUCAAUGUCAUUUGCCGGGCAGGUAUGAAGGAGGUGCAGCUUUCCACAGCCAAAGUUCAUGGGAUGCUCAAGAUGCAACAAGCCAGUGUCUCCUGGUUCGCCUCAAGCAGAUGAUCAGUGCUGGCGACCAUGACACAGCGGCUGAUCAGAUCGAGCGUCAACUUUCAGAAUUGAAGAACACCAGCGCAAGCGCUCGACUUCUGAAAGCUCAGCUCUUCCUGGAGAAAGGUCAUGCAUGGCAUUCCAUUGCAGGCGUGGAUGGCAUACAGACACAUGAGGAGAAGACCCAGUAUCUGGAAAAAGCUCAUGAUGCAUUUCGGACUUCGGUAGAACAAUUUCAAAACUAUGGCUUGUCAAAGAGGAACCCGCAAAGCUACGCCGAUGCCUUGCUGUCCGAAGCCAAUCUACAGGCUCGACUAGCAAAGCAUGGAGAGCAGGGUGAUCUCACCAAAGCCAAGAAGAAAGCGAAGAGUGCCGAAAGGAUUCUGAAGCGUUUGGAAUGCUCCACCGAAGGCACAGCGAUCCGGGUCCUUGGGGUCAUUUGGCUCACCUUAGGCGACCUUCCCAAAGCCAAGCAGCUUUUUCUAGCUGCGAUUCGUGCGUUCCGAAAUUCCGGCAAAGAGCUGGAAUCAAUUUGGUGCGCCGUAGCGCACUGGAACGUGCACAUCGUGCUGAAGGACCUUGGAAAGACAUCUGAUUCAUUGCCAUGGUUGAAGCGAGCAACCAUGCUGCGAGAACACAUCGAGGGUCCUGAUGCCCCUUAUGUAAAAAAGUAUCAUGAGUGGUUGGAUGGACUGUUGAAGGAGCUCGGAUGUGAGAAGUCCAAGAAUCAGAAACCUGAGACAAUGACUCAUGCCGAAUGGAAAGCACUUGACUUAGCCCUCAACGCUGGUUCGGCGUGCUUUUGACACCAUUCCGGUUUCAUGGCAUCCAGCAGCGAUCCUAUUUCAAUUUGAUUUACCGAAAAGAGCGCCAGCAGAGCUG